AUGUCCGAUAAGACCUACAUCGCUGAAGUGUCGUCAGGAAAAAUGAGGUGUAAUCGCUCGGUGGCUAUAUUGUGUGCCGUAUUAGCUAUCGUAUUCAUGAUCUCAACCAUAGCACUUGCCGUAGUUGUUGGUGUAAAGUACUCAAAGGAUAGUGAACUGGAAGAAGAACUGAAUCGAUCGGGUGGAGAGCAUCACCCGAAUGCUGCUCGCCCCGGUGGUGUCAAAGAGGAUUCUGAUCAAGCCGCUACAGCCGACGCGGAUUUGCGGGAUGAUUCACCGCGACAUAUUCACUGGCCACAACCAUCUGGGAGCCUUUACGCACAAUUCAAAAGGGCUGCCGUUGCGUCGGAUCAUGGAUUCUGUUCAGAAAUAGGAAGGGAUGUACUGAUUGAUGGUGGUAACGCUGUUGACUCAAUGAUAGCAACAUUGCUAUGUAUAGGAGUAGUAAAUCCUCAGUCAAGUGGACUUGGAGGCGGUUUCCUUAUGACUCUGUACAAUGCAUCAACGGGUCGAUGUCAGACAAUCAACGCUCGCGAGUCAGCUCCUCUUGCUGCCACUGAGGACAUGUUUAAGAAUGAUACAAGCCAGGCUGUAUACGGGUAUCGUGCAAUUGCUACCCCAUCUGAACUGCACGGAUUUUGGACAGUGUUUAAGAAAUUCGGUUCUGGGAAGGUGGAAUGGUCCCGUUUGUUUGAACCGUCGAUUAAGCUGGCUAUGAAUGGAUUCCCUUUUCCGGUAGAUUCUUUUUGGAAUAAUGCGCCCUUAUGUCAGCUUAGUUGGAGGAUGGAGAUCUUCGUGAAUCGAAUAACAGGACGGGUCUAUGAGGAAGGUGACAUCAUGAAACGCGAGCGAUAUGGUUUCACCCUUCAACUACUCGCCAACGCCUCAGAUCCGGUCGAUUUGUUCUACAAAGGAGGAAUGGCGCAGACCAUCGCUGGAGAGAUCACCGAAAAUGGAGGAAUAAUCGACGCGAAAGAUUUGGCCAGUUAUGAAACGCUGAUCGACGAGAUUCCGCUAAUCGCCAGUGGAUUGUCGGGCGAUUUGGAAAUGUGCGGACCGCCACCUCCGUCGUCAUUCGUGAUCACACAGAGUAUCAUAGCUGUCAUGGCGGAGUUCUAUCGCGGUGGUAAAGUGAACCUAGAUGAUCCGCUGGUUUAUCAUCGUCUUAUCGAAGCCGAAAAGUUCGCUUAUGCUCAGCGGACGAAGCUCGGUGAUGCGAGAUUUGUGGAGAGCGCAAAAUUGCUUGUCGCCAACAUGAGUACUCCUAAAUACACCAAAUGGAUCGCUUCAAUGAUCAAGGACGUUGCUCAACCUCAGGAUUACUAUCUAGGCGAUAUGACAACGCAGUUGAACUGCUGCUCGUCGCUGAUAGCCUCAUACUGCUCUAAGGUCUGCACUUUACAGGUUCCCGAUCAUGGAACAUCACACGUAACGAUCAUCGAUCACGAAGGAAACGCGGUUUCUUGCACGUCCACAGUGAAUCAAAUUCUGGGCGCGAUGAGAGCUUCUCAAACUCUUGGUAUCAUCUGGAAUGAUGAAAUGGACGAUUUCUCCACACCUGGUGCAGCGAAUGCGUUUGGUUUCGCUCCGUCCGAAACGAAUUUUAUCAAGCCGGGUAAACGGCCGAUGAGCAGCAUGAGCCCAAUGGUCAUCUACAAUAAAAACGAUAACAAAGUUGUGAUGGUCGUUGGAGCUUCUGGCGGAUCCUUCAUCAUAUCAGCCACUGCGCAAGCGGUCAUACGUACUAUGCUGUUCAAUCAAACUGUGAAGGUAACAUUACUUAAUAAUCAUUACAUUAACUCUUCGAAAAUCUGA